AUGUCAAGCAAUGUCACAAAAAUCGUUGAAGAAAACAAGAAAAGCAGACACUACAGUCUUUCUCUCAGCGACAAGAGCAUCACCCAACUGACGCAGAUUUCUUCCGACUUCAGCCAACUGCAGCACCUCUCCGAGCUCAUUCUCGCGCACAACGGCCUCAAACAGCUCGCUGCUUCGAUCACAAACUUAAAGAAUCUCAAACUGCUCAACUGCUUCAACAAUGAGCUCGUCGAGCUUCCCGGAAACUUCUCGGAGCUGCAAGAGCUGAGUAAUCUCAAUUUGGGAAUGAACAAGCUUCAGCGCCUGCCGAACAGCUUCCACAAACUCGCCAAGCUCGAAAUACUCGACUUGACAGCUUCAUUUACAGGGCAAUUUGCUGAGUCUACUUCCGCCGCAGCUUCCAGUGCUCGUCGGGAAGAAGCUCAAAAUUCUGAGAGUGGAGAGGAACUAGUUC